AUGGUUGCGACCUUCUCGCCGCACCGGGAGUCAGGCGGCACCCUCCAUCUUCCAUCGCAUUCAGGCAUCCACCACGUUGAUGCCAGCUCCGCCAUCCGCCAGCUACGGCGCUCUUUGUCGCGGUCACCUUCCAAGAGUUCCAAUUUCUUCCUCAACACGCGCAACCCGUCACCAUCCAAGUCAACCUACGUAUCUUCACCUUUGUCUCCCUCUAGGCGCUCCUCUCAGAGCAACUUCGUGCUCUUCCCCUCCUCAGGUCAACCUUCACCUCUUGCAGUCCCCUACCCUCCGAGCGCCAAAAUCACCCGGCCGGCCAUGCGACGACGCACGUCGCCUCGCAGUCCCGCCAAACGCGCUCUUGCUGUGUCUGCCGACGGAGGCAACUCUACUCCCACUCAACCAAUCCCUCUCGCCCCAGGCGAAGAAAAUGCCUUGACUCUCGAAGAUCUGGCCGAUCCAACUGACACCGUCAACCCUUGCGCCUCAACCACGCCUUCUGCGCCACCAGGCGAGCCAACUUUUGCGCCCCGUUCAACUCUUUCCCGCAUCGAGAAGCGACGCAGUGGAACGUUCGGAUCCUUCGCGACAGUCAGUCCUCUGAAGCGCAGCGACGGCAUCAUGAACCUAGACCAAGCCUCCCGAGGUAGUCCCUCUGCGAAGCGCCGCAGCAUGCAUGCGCCUAACUUCUCCACUGAUUUCAAUAUCUUCGACAACGACAACGAGUCUGCGCCUACAAGCCCUACCGGAGGCGAGUCUCCAUCUUUCCCUCCGUCGAUCCAGUCGCUGAGCCCGUUCGCGACCAUUCCCAAGCGCUCUUCUUCACUGCGCCGCUCGACUCUGCAACAGCGCCAGGGUGAGCGGUCUCUCUUUGGUCGUCCCAAGGCUGCCGGUGAGGGUGAUGCGCCUCCCGGAACUCCACUCGCUGUUCGGCCGCGGAUGUCCUUCGACAGUGGUCUUUUUGACAAGGGCCAAGAGAGCAACAACCUUUUCUCGCCUCGACCUCCCGCCAGUCCUCUCUUUUCUCCCAGUCCGCAUGUUGCUCCCGCGCCCAUUGGAACCACUCAACCCGAGAAGUCUCGACCUACUGCGCAUCCUCUCUCCCGAACUAUCACCCAAUCCUCCUCUGGCUCCAGUCUUGAUGACUCGCCGACCCACGAACCGGUCCAUAAGCCAGGACCACCGCGUCCUCUCUUCAACUUCUCCAAGUCCCUUCCAGCAGGCGCGACUCGACCAGCGCCAGUACGACGCCUUGCUCGUGAAGAUUCGGGAGAGUUUGCUACGCCAGACAACAACUACAAGCUGGUCAAGCCUUUGCCCGCAGCUUUUAUGUCUACGGGGCUUAUCUCCAAGAAGAAUCGCAACGCGGAAGAUCCCAAUGGUGCGAGCUUCAGCAAGAACAUGCCCGACACGCCGUGCAAGCGGCCCGUGAAUCUCUUCACUGCUGGUCCCAAUCCACCUCCGGAGCGUCUGUUCGACAAGUCUCGACUUCGCGAGUCCGAGGUUGCGCCGGCCUCGCCUUUCAACCCUACGCCUUUCGUGGCACGACCGAAGGCAGGCCCCUUUGCCAAGGGCAUGGGUAUCUUCGGCAACUCUUUCAAUCGCCCCGAAACUUCACGACGUGGAAGCUUUGUUAGCGUUGAUGGCGAUGAUAUGCAGUCCCAAUCUCCCUCUUCUCGCCAUGAGAGCCAACCGCUCACUGAUUCUGACCUCCCUCCCACCCCGACCAAACAAACUUUCCUCCCUUCUGUCACCUAUCCUCCAGCUACAUCCCAGAUCCCCUCCCUGGAGCGGUUGUCAGAAUCAAACCCCAGCGUGCAAUCGACUCCUCUCCGUGAGCGGUUCUUGCAGGCCUCGCGCUCCCCUCGAACCCCUCGCGACCAGUACUUCCCUCCGGAUCCCAGUGGAUUGUCUAUUUCUGUUCCGAACGACCAAUCGCAGCCCGAUUUUGGCAACUCAACCCUCCCUGCAACCCCCACAGGUCCUCGAGACUCGUUGCUUUCAAGCAAGCGGCCCAGUCUUUCCCUCAGUGGUCAUCACGCUCCUGAUGUUGACCCCAGCUUGACCGCACGUUUUGACAAGGUUGAAUUGGUUGGAACCGGCGAGUUCUCCCAGGUCUUCCGCGUUAGCCAGCCUCGUGAUUCGUCGUUGCCGUCAAUCUUCUCGCUUCCUUCGAAUGAGACCAAGUCUCCCACCCAUCUGCCGAACCAGAUUUGGGCUGUGAAGAAGAGCAAACAACCAUAUUUGGGGUUGAAGGACCGCGAACGUCGGAUUCGCGAAGUGGACAUUCUGAAAUCUUUGGCCAACUCCGAUCAUGUCGUCAAUUUCAUGAACAGCUGGGAAGAUCUUGGCCACUUGUACAUUCAGACAGAGUAUUGCGAAGAGGGCAGUCUGGAUGUCUUCUUGGCGCAGGCUGGCCUCAAGGCUCGUCUCGAUGACUUCCGCAUCUGGAAGAUUCUGCUGGAACUUGCUUUGGGACUGAAGCACAUUCAUGACCAGGGUUUCAUCCACCUUGAUCUGAAGCCGGCAAAUAUUCUAGUCACCUUCGAGGGUGUUCUCAAGAUUGGUGACUUCGGCAUGGCUACCCGUUGGCCAGCCGAAGAAGGUAUUGAGGGCGAGGGUGAUCGUGAGUACAUUGGCCCUGAGAUUUUGAUGGGUCGAUUCGACAAACCCGCCGACAUCUUCUCUCUUGGCCUGAUCAUUUUCGAAAUUGCUGGCAAUGUGGAAUUACCCGACAAUGGAGUCUCCUGGCAAAAGCUACGCAACGGUGACAUGAGCGAUGUUCCCAGCCUGACCUGGAGUUCGGAAACUAGUAUAUUCCGCGAUGCUUCUGGCAAUCCGGUCACCGAAGAGUCCUCUUUUGAAGAUCUUUGUGCUUCUGAUCUCGGUAAUGACAACUUCGACGACGACUUCUUGACCAGUCGCCAAGUCAAUGCGCCCAAGUCUUCGCGUCUUGCACGCAGCGGUGAACUCGUUGAUCCUCCUUCUUUCAUGAUCGACUCUACACAUGCGCAGGCCCUUGACAACAUCGUUCGCUGGAUGAUCUCUCCUGAGCCAUCCAACCGCCCUACCGCAGAUCAGAUCCUUGAAACCUACGGUGUGCAGUUCGUGAACCAGCGUCGCCGUGCCGGUGCUACCGUCUUCGAGGGCAACUUCGGCCCUGCUGACGAGAUCCUGGCUGAGGACGCUGAGAUGAUCGAUGUGUAA